AUGGAGCAGAGUGAGCUUAUCAAAAGGGCGCCAAAGCAUUCGCCCAAACUUGCAGAUUGCACUGAUGGCGUAGACACAAUCCUGAAGCAGUUUCCUGGCAUUUUCUUCGAACUGUGCGAGACCUGCUUCCAUAACUCACCCCAGCGAAUAUCUGAGCGUCAAACAGCUAAUGCAUCCAAGCGGCUGAAAUGUUGCACCUCCAAGCAUCCCUGGAAACCAAUCCUGGUUUACUCUGGGAGUCAGGGACAGAAUGUGGAAUACCAUGUUAUCAGGCCGCGCCCCAACAAACCCUACUCUCAGUGGCGCUACUGCAAGUAUGUGAAGCGGGAGCAGACCUGCUGGCACGGCCACCGCCGUUGCUGGUUCGCUCACAGUGCUGUGGAGAUGGCAGUAUGGACAGAGGAAAGCAAGCGCCCAUUUGAUCGCUCCAGACUGCUGACAACAACAAAAGAUGCUAAGAUGUUGCAGGGACCACUGGCCAACCCCACGCCACCGAAGAAGUCGUUGAGAUGCACAGAGAUGCAUUACCGCAAAGUGUGCCAAUGCUAUUCCUACUCCAAGGAAGACUACAUGAACCACUGCUUCACUAGUGAACACAGGAGACGCAUCUUUGAGGGAGAGUUCAUAAAUCCGAAAUACAGAGACCCCCCGCCGAAGCCUUAUUCCUUUCAAAUGUGUCCAAGACCUGGCACAUGUAAGCGCGGAGACGGGUGCGUGCAGGCUCAUUCGGAGGAAGAGCUACAGGAAUGGCGCAGCAGAAGCAAGGCGGCCAGGCGGAAGGUGAAAGUGGCUGAGGAGCAGGAGCUGCUGUCCUAUCAGGACCAGCUGCUGGGGGAGUACAGAAGCAGUCCCAAACCCCACGACAUUAGAGCUUUGAAAGUGACUGCGCUGCUCAAGCAGGAGCUUGGUUGUUCUUUCACAUUAGGUGACGACAGUAAGGGAAAUCGCACCUACCUUAGUCAUGGUGAUCACAAGAAGCCAACAUACGAAAUUAAUGUGUCCUUCGAAGCCUUUCACCCUGGCGUGUUUGAACAGUGGCUAGUGUUUGACUUUGACACACGUCCAGUUCUCCUACGCAAACUCCAGGUCAAAGUUGGAGUGGCCCCAUCCCUCAGACCCCUACCGGAGAUCUGUGACAAGCACCCAGCCUCAACAGGGUUCUUGCCUCCAGAUCUGGUGGAACCAAGACUUUGGAACCGAGGUGAUAUAGUCAUCGUCCCAUAUUGCACCAAAGCAGAAGCAAAACCUCUGAGUGAGUUUAGGCGCCCUGAAAUAAACUGUCAGUAUGAUCAGCUGUUUGAUGACCUGGAUCCCAUUACCUGUGUGAACUACAGGGACCGAAUGCACAACUUCGUUUACCAAGAGGAACUUGCUGAAGAAAACAUUGUUUGCAGGCUUAAUGUUCGCGGAGCUGUAAAAUUCUCCAAGGCUUUGUGUGAAAAGACGUUUGGCCUAAAAAUAGCACCAGAGGGGGAACUGUUUGGUGCCCUGCAGACCUCUCAUAUACUGACUCCAGACACUCCAGAGGGUGUGAUGCUGAGGAGACGGGUGAAGUCUGUGCUUGUUGGGGAGAUGACCACCGACGACCAGAGGCAAGCAGUGUACGAAGCUCGCAUCCUUCCAGACACAGCCAGUGAGAAAAGCAUACACCUGCAGCUUUCGAGCAAGUGCUGCGCCGACCUUGGCCUUGAAAAUGAUCAGACGCGUGAGAUGGAGGUGCAGUUCCAGCUGAAUCGUCUCUGGUUCUGUGAGAUGCACAAGGCCAUCAAUCUUCUCCCAGACUUCUGUCACGUACUGCCAGAUUUUAGAACCAAGCGUGUUCCUGUGUAUACAAACAAACGCACCACUGAAAAGCACCAGCAGUACCUGAACGACCUUAAUGAGAAGCAACAAGCAGCAAUGGCCAUCAUCCUUGGACACACUGAGGGCAAUACCAGUGUGGCGCCUCUCUUGAUAUAUGGGCCCUUUGGAACCGGAAAAACACAUACUCUUGUCGUAGCAGUGGUCGAGCUGAUGAAAGAAGACCGCAAUAGAGUCUUGAUCUUCACACACACAAACAGCUGUGCUGAUCUGUAUGUGAAGCAUUUCCACAAAUACAAAUCCUCCAGUGACCUUAACGUCGAGCCCCUCAGAAUAAAAGCAAAGGAAGCAUCUCCGAGGAGCACCGAUCCCAUAACAGACGACAGCGAGUCCUUCAAACUCCCCAACGACAGCCAGUCCUUCGAACUCCCCAGCAGAGAAACAAUGGAUAAGACAAGAAUCCUCAUCAUGACCACAGGUGUGGCUUGCCUACUCAAGGACCUGAACCUCCCCAUAGACUACUUCAGCCACAUCUUGAUAGAUGAAGCAUCCCACAUGCUGGAGUGCGAGACGCUGAUGGCAGUUGGAUUGGCAGGUCCCGCCACGCAAGUAGUUUUGGCUGGAGAUCACAUGCAGAUGGGGAGCAAGCUGUUCUCUGUGGAUGACGAAAAGCGUUCAGACCACACCCUGCUGAACCGCCUAUUUCAUGCUUACCAGUUGGAAAAGAAUGCCAUGGCUACGCAAAACAAGAUCAUUUUUAACGAGAAUUACCGCUCCACCAAAGAGAUCGUGGACUUUGUGUCUUCUUGCUUCUACGUCAAAGGUGAAACGGUCAUCAAGGCCAAAGGAAAUGUUGCUGCUCAUCCUAAACAGUACCCCCUGAUGUUCAGUCAUGUUCGUGGCGAGUGCCAUCUAGACACAAAAACCAUGUCUUGGUACAACCCUGAACAGGUUGCCAAUGUGGUUGACAUUGUUCUUGAGCUUCUAUGCAACUUAUGGAAACAACGUGAUCUCUCUCAAGGCAUUGAACAUUUUGCUUCUGACAUCUGCAUUCUCUCUCAAGGAACUCAGGUGCGCCGCCUCAGGUCAGCAUUGAGAAAUGUCAACUUGCACAGUGUCACGGUGGAAAAUGCAGAGAAUGUUCACGGUAAACAAUAUCGAGUCAUCAUCCUCGUUACAGUCCUCUCAAAAGACACAUUGAAGCCUUUUACGUCUAACUGCCUAGAGUUCUUCAAUGAUGCCCGUGUCCUGAAUAUGGCCAUGACCAGAGCCCAGUCUCAGGUGAUAGUAGUGGGAGACGCUGCUGCUCUCUGCUGCUUCGGGAGAUGCUCCACAAUAUGGAGGCGCUAUUUAGAACACUGCAUUGAGAAACAAAGUGCCCGACCAGAGUAUUUGACCCAGUCUUUCCUGAAAUAUGAGAUUAUGGAGAUCUCUAGGCCUGUCCGGGCACAGGAAGGGGAUAUCAGCGAUCCAGUUUCGACAAUAUCAUGCAUGCCCGACAAUGACGUUAUUCUUCAAGAGCUCCUUGAUGAAAGUAAGCAGAGAAUCAACUGUCAGAGAAUCAACUGUCAAAGCUGUGUCCACAUCCAGGACCAUGGCAACUGUUGUGUGUUGCAACCCUCUGUCUCCUUGAAGAGAAAAGAGUGUGUGUACACUGUGAGUUCUCCGGCAGGGAGCUAUGAGUGCUCAGAAUCUGGCCUGCGCUGGUCGUGUCCUGGUCCAGUCACCCUGCAGUACCAUAUCAGCAAGGAGGAGAUUUUCUGGGCCCAGCUGCAGAUACUACAGUACCGACCGGUGGGUCCCCCUCUGAAAAUUAAGCUCCUGUCAGGAGAGCUGGAGGAGGUCCACCUUCCUCACUCUCUCUGCUUGGCGGGUACUAACCUGGCUGUGCUGGGAGACGCAGUCAGGGCCCUGCAUGGCGACGACAGUGGUGUUUCCCUGGAGACAUGUGAGCUGACUCGUUUCCACGGAAAGCUCCGAGCACAGCACUUCUCUAUAUGGCAGCUGGUGGCGAGUUGGGGUGUCCCAGUGAAGAGCCACUGUGAGGUGCUGAUCUAUGAGCACUGCCCCCGGCCGUUGAUUCUACACACCUUCCUGCUGCCCUCACCCUCCUCAGCCAUCCAGGCGGUGCAGGAGAAGUGGGGGGUCAGAAGCAUCACCAAGCCCUCCCCUGAUCACUCCCUAUGGAUCGACUCCACCCUCCAGCUAACCUCCCCAGAUUCCCUUGAGAUUGAGCCCUCAGACCUUACUCUCUCCUACAGGAACCCCCCAACCUACUCUGAGGUGUUCGUAAGGAACCCAUUGGAGGAGUUCAAGUUGGAGAUCAAGGAUACGGAUGACCAUACUGUUUGGGAAGUGGAGCUGAGGCAGGGAGUCGACUAUAACAGGACGCAAGACCGCACUGAGACCCCGGAUACCCAAGAGGCACACUCAGAUGAACCAGCACAGCGCAGCAGGAUACCUGUUCAGGUGGGCAGCCGGAUGAUCGCUGCCUUCCUGGAAGAGACACGCCCAGAGCUCAUCCAGAGUGUCACAGAGGUGAUGCCCAUAGCAGACCAGCUCCUCUCCCAGAGGGUCAUUUGCCAGGAGACCUACGCCAACAUCCAGGCUGCUACCACCAGUCAAGACAAAAUGAGGUCCCUGUUUGAGGGCCUGCGCUCAGCUGGGGCUCAGGGCAAACUGGCCUUCUACAGGAUCCUACAGGCACAGCAGCCCCACCUACUGGAGGAUCUGUGGACUACAAGAUGAAUGUGCAUCCAGCCUGGAAUAAUCUGCCCUCAUGACAGACAUUGGCUACAAAUCCAGUCCCCUGCAGAUUACAUGUCACAACCAAAUGUUAGCAAUUGUAUAAAAUCAGAUUCACAACCAAAUGUUAGGGAUUGCAUAAAACCAGAUGCAAAUUUCAAACUCCAUUCCUCCCUCCUGUAACACUUUCUCAAUGGGCCUUUUUCAUGUGACGUCAAAUACAAUGCAAUUGACCAUAAUCCUAAACAUGCAAAAUGUAAAUACAAAUGCAAAAGUGCUAAGUGAA